AAGCGUUGCCGUUACUCGGCAUGGUUCGUCGGUUAUUUCAUUGUUUUGUAUAGAUGUAUAUUACUGGGUUAUGAUUAUCACAUCGUGUUAAUUCGAUUUUCUUUGAAAAUUGCUCACAUUUAUUUGCAGAUUUUGGUACAGAAUUCUAUGAAAAGGACUGCACGUGGUGAGGUAGACUGUAAAUUUAAGACUCGUAAACAUACAAAGAAAUCAAAGUCAACUGAUUGUCCUUCCACAAAGGCGUCAGGAAUUAAUAUCGGUUUAGACAAGUCAAAUCAAACUUGUAGCGUUAGGAAGGAAUAUUCCAAAAAUGAAAAGCUUGGCCGUAAAUCAAAAAAGAGAAUCUUACAAAAAUCUGUUUCUGAGACCAAAGAGCUAACACAUGGGACACCAAAGUUGUUGCUUACCAGUCUACCACGCAGUGUCAGCCAAACCAUUUUAAAGGAUAUUUUUCCAUCAGUUAUUCAUCUGAAUUUGCGUAAUACAGCUGGUUCAAAGCACGCGCUUUUAGACUUUUCAAGUAAUGACGAUUACUUAGAUGCUGUGAAUCGUUUAAAGUCAAUUGAAUUUGAUGGUGUCAAACCAAAUUAUCGAACCAUCGUUGGAUACACAGAAAAUGUAAUCCAGUCUAAUCUGUCAAGACAAUAUGUAACUAAUAGUCCUAAUUGUUUAAUUAUACGAAACUUGCCAUACUCACUAACUGCAACUGAGAUUAAAGAACAUUUCCCCAUGGCUAAUCGUGUUCAUGUAGGUGUAAAUAAGUUUGGAAUAUUCAAUGGUUCAUGUAUAUUAGAAAUGAAGAAUAAGGAAGACCUUCAAAUUGUUAUAGAUGAAUGUAAACAUAAGUAUAUUAAUAAUCGACUGGUUAGAGCAAAUCUACAAUGUAAAUCCAAAUCGGAAUCGUCCAAACCUCCCGAUGCAAGUAUGAGUUAUGGUUUGAAACUUAAAGAAGUACCCAAUGUGAUUGAAGAUGAUCGAAUUAAAGCAUUAUUUCCCGAAACAUCUUUGACUGGUUUAAGCUCGGCAGCAAUUAAAGAUUCCAAUACUAGGUAGGUGGCGUUUGUCUAAGUAACUUAAAAAUUCGUCUAAAAAUUAAAAAAUACUUUUUUAAAAAUCGCGACAGUACGAAUCAUCGUUAAGCAGUCGAUUGAAUAGAACUCGUCACUAUACAUCAACUUCACUAACUAUGAGAAGGCGUUUGACAGUGGGUAAGAGGACCUUAUGGAAACUUCUUCCAUGCUAUGGUGUACCUGAGAAGAUCGUCAAUAUCAUCAGGAAUUCAUACAACGUACUAUGGUGCAAAGAAGUACAUGGAGGACAGCUGAGAGAUGCAUUCCAGUUCCCACUAAUCGAAGGCAUAAAUCACAAACAAAGAAAAUAGAGGAGAAAGUGAACGGUACAGUUUUUAAUUAUAACUUACCCAAGUCAAGUAAGCAACGGGUUUUAAUUUCUCCAUUUACCACCUUUAUAAAUAAAUUUGACUCUGAUGUUACCAAGAGCAUGGUAAUGCAAUGAAUUUUCACAACUUCAUUAUAAUGGAUUAAUUUUGAUUUUAAUUGAAAUGUAAGAAACAAAUCAGAAUAUGCCACAGCCUUCCAUGAUUUCAACAUUAUGUUUUUUUAUUUAAUUCACUUAAAACCUUGUAUAACUGGGUACCAAAAGUACGAUGUGCCACACAGAAUAUAGAAAUGACAUUCCGAAGAAAGAAGUGAGAAAAGGGAGUAUUUCUCAAAAAAGGAAAUAAGUGAAAAGGCCACGGUAUAUAAUUGGAAAUAAGGUUCAGUUAAUGGUGCAACAGAGAAAGAUUUCUCUCAGUUAGAAGUUCCAUCCAUUAUUAUGAAGAAUAGCAAAGGAAGCUGCAGUAUGAUCGCGAUUGGCUAGAAGAUUUUCGGUCUACUAUAGGUGUGGAUGUAGUUUAAUAUUUGGUAGUAGACGAGGAUGUGAUCAGUAUGUCUACCUGCAUGCUCCUCGUACCAAUUUUUCACAAGUUUUGGACAGUCUGCAAUGAAUGACAGAAGCUAAUAGUUUGGACCCUGUGGAAAAUUGGCUACCAAGUACCAAACAUGCUUAUUAGUAAUAUUGAUUUAUAUAUUCGUAGUGGAUGUUUAACGCAUUUUAUGGUAAUAAUUGACUCGAGAUUAAAUAUUCUAAAAAUACUUGAUAUUAAUAUGUAAACGCUUACAAAACAUAGUGCUGAUUCAGUCUUUCCUCCCAUAGGCAUUAAUACCAUACUAACCGUAAUCAAGCAGAGGAUGUGGUAGGUUCGAAGGAUUAAGAUAUCAGCUGGGACCGGCAAACGGGACGAAAUUCAGCAACGCGACAAUAGAACAAGCUAAGCUAUUCCACUGCACCCUAUCCUUGCUGGCUAGAAGAAGACCGGAUUCAGUCGGGAAAAUAUAUAACUCCAUAAGCAGCCCUGAAAAAUAAACAUCAAUCACACAACUCACACGUACAUAUACGACACAAAAAUGUCCUUGAAAACGUCAAAAAAUAGCAUACUAAACGGGAAACCCAACGAAUGACGUUUAAGGUCCUUACAGUUGGUAAACACAAAGUGAACGUAAAAAUGUACGUUUAUGGCGCGAGAACGAGAAAUUCAAGUCCUCAUAAUGAAAUUACAGAAAUAAUAAGUUCAUCAAUUGAUUUCUGAAGAUCUAGCAUCUCCACAGUAUGUAACAAUGUAGCAAAAACAGGACUUUUGUCCAUUUUAAAUUAAAAUUACAUAGGCAAAAUAAUUCAGGCUAAUUAGCUCAGCAACAAUACCAAUUGUCCAAUAAGGUUAUUUUGACUAUAUAUCGGCCUGAUUCGAAAUCGGAACGUCGUUAACCAGUAACUUAAAAGAAUCAUGUCUCUUAUUUAGAGUGUAAAUAAGUCCUUUGUGGGCCUCCGGUGUGUAUGCGAAUACUCAUUUUUAACGACACUACGAAUUCGUAGUAAGAUUUUUUUAAUUUAAUAUAACUACAGAUGAACUCGAUCAGAAUGGAAUAAAAUGGAAUAUGGAAAAAUGUAGGGAUGUGUCUUCAUCCAUUCCCAAGAAGUUAGUAUUUGAAUCUGGUAAGUUGUUAAUAUUUCUUGUCAUUGGUUUUUAAAAAUCAUUCACAAAUGUAUAGUCUUUAAGUAUUGUAAAUCACUAUCAAUUUAAAACUAUUAAAAACAUUUUUCGGACGUUUUGGGCAAACACAUUUUUUUGUCUUUACACUAAGAUUUAUUUGUAUUGAUUGCAACAGUAAUUUCUGUCUAUUUUAAUGUAAUGAGAUCUGCAAUAUCUUGUUUAAUUGUGGUCAUUUAAUUAAUAGGAUCGUUUUUAUUGAUAAUUCUUUUUUGUUAAGGAAUGCAUAUCAAUUCUCUGCUUCUUGAAGUGCCAUAUUCUCUUUCCAAUUAAUGCUUUAUAUAGCUUUGGCUACAAAUUGAUAUUGCCCAAGAAAAAUCUUUAAAAACUAGAGAUCACUGAACGGUUGUUUUAUCUGUGUAACUCUUCAAUUGUUUGCAACCACAACAUGAGAUGAAAUCGGACCCAAGACUUCUGCACAUCGUGACCGGCGAGAUACCUUUGAACUAAUUAAAUAAAUAUCAAGUAUAUCUCACUUUCCGUUUUUAUUAAAUUGUCAUUUGGUGUGGUAGUCAUUCAUCGGUUAGUAACUGCUCUGCUCGCGAAAUAAUUGUCACCUCGUUAAAAACACCAUUUAAGUAUUGGAUUUAUGUAAGUUUGUACACUACCGAAUAAUCUCUAGAAAAUGUUACGUUUGUUGAGUGGUAUUUUGUUCUUCAUAAUUCUAUGGUUGAUAUCCGCUUAUGAUGACUUAUGACGUCUUUAUAUUAUUAUUUUUAAUUUCAGAUGAUGAAUAAACAGUGGAGACAGGAUUUUUCCCAACACCUGUUUUACGGACGAUUAUAGUAGCAAUACACUGAAAAAUUAUACUAAUCAGGGUAAAAAAACAACCUGAUUAUUUGUACACAGAAGUCAAUUUGAUUUAACAAAGAUAAUUUUGAAAACCUUA